AUGCAGGACUCACUGACGGCCUACCCCUGUGUCCAGGACCAGGGCUUCAUCACCCCGGCCAACCUGGUGUUCGUGUACCUGCUGUGCCGGGAGGCGGUGGACGCGGAUAUCUCCUCGGAGGCGGAGCUUCAGGCCUGCGUCCUCUGCUGCCUCUACCUGUCCUACUCCUACCUGGGCAACGAGAUCUCCUACCCCGUCAAGCCCUUCCUGGUGGAGGCCAGCCGGGACGCCUUCUGGCAGCGCGGCCUCUCCCUGGUCUCCAGCCUGAGCGCAGACAUGCUGCGCAUCAACGCAGACCCGCUCUUCUUCACCCAGGUGUUCCAGGACCUGAAGAGCCAGGGGGGGAGA